AAGAUUUGCUCUCAUUUGGCAAGACAGUUCUAGACAAGAUGGCAACGGUAUUAGACUUAAGUAGCUCAGAUAUUCAACAGCUGUGUCUCAAAUAUCUAAAAGGAAAUGCUCAAGCUUCGAGCUUUGAAAUUAUUGAUUCUAAUUUGAAACGCACUUCAGAUGCUCCCGAAGGAUAUUUAGGAAGUCAUUUUCACCUGCAGGUGACACUAAAGCUGCAGCAGUGUGACGAACUAAAAACGAUACGCUUCUUUUGCAAAGCUGCGCCCGAAGGAAAUGCAUCGAGGAUGGAAUAUAUUGAGGACUUUGGUGUCUUUCAAAGGGAGAUUACAGCCUAUAAACAUGUGCUGCCUGAUUUGCAAGCAGCGUGUGCUGAGAUCGCUCCAAAGUGCUAUUAUGCAGAUAAGAAUCUGUUGAUCUUUGAGAACCUCAUUGAUCAGGGAUAUCGCAUGGGAGCAGGACGAGAUGGAGUACUCAACUAUGGACAACUUCAUUGUGCCUUGAAGACAUUGGCUGCUUUGCAUGCUGGUUCGAUUAUAAUGCAUCUGCAAGGUAAGGAAAGAAUACCGUUGGAGGAGCAUGCGUAUCCCUCGAAUGUACGCAAGGAACACAUGCGUAUACGUUAUUUUUAUCAGACUUGCGAGGUCUUCAAAGAGCUUAUUCAAACCUUACCCAAAUACCAGAGCCAACUGGACUACAUAUUGAGUGAAGUUACUCAACGUAUGGCCAUCAUAUUUGAACUUUGUAAAGCGUCGAAAACACGUCUCAAUGUCACGCUGCAUGGCGACCUCUGGGCGAAUAAUAUACUCUUCCAGUAUGACAAAUAUGAUGAGAAGCCGCUGCAGUGCCGCUUCGUGGAUUUUCAGCUGCUACGCUAUGCUCCACCUGCCAUGGAUUUGGCCACAAUGCUGACCAUUCCAACAACGCAACAAUUUCGAGCUGGUCAUCUCAAUGAAUUACUGGCGGAAUAUUAUCGCUUCAUGAAAGAGUAUCUCAAAGAAGCGAACUUAAAUAUUGCCAACAUCCUGCCCGAGGCUGAGUACUACGAUUCGAUAGAAGAGUAUCGCAUAGUCGGUAUCAUUGAGAGCUUGCAAUUCAGCCAUUUGGCUAUGUUGCCACCAGCUUGCACUCAAGAGUUGACCAGCUCGGAAGAUGGAUUUAAUGAUUUCUUCAGUCACAAACGUAUUGAAAUCUGCAUGAAAGCUUUCAAAACGGACGAACUAUAUAGAAAUCGGAUGACAGAUAUGCUGGAGGACUUUGUGGAUAAUUAUGUUUUAAAGCCAACGAAAUAAUAAAUAGCUUUUGCACCUUUGCUUUUGCUUUUCCCCUGCAAUUCAUAGCUUUUGAACGCUUCGUUAAGUUUUCGUUGUCUCUUUUUGGUUUUGGAAUUCGAAAACUUUCAAGCUGAAGUUUAUUUUUUUGGUGUUGCGGCUCUGCUCGUCGAUGGCUUCAAGUUUGCAAUUCAGUUGCCAAGAGGCCGCGUUCAUAUCAACAACUUGUUGACGCUUUUUCCAGACUGACUUUAAACGUUUUAUCGGUCUUUGUUCGAGUCGGGAUUACGCAGCAUAAAUUAAAUUGAAGUGCAAAUUUGAAGAGUUGAUUUAAAUAUAUAAAAUCUUAAAGA